AUGAGUAAACGCAUACCACAUUCUUUCCCUGCGCUGUUUACAUUGACAGGUCGGCGUCAAAGAUCAUUUUUAGGAUCUGAAAACUCCCACAGGGCGGAGGCAUGUGGACUCAUCGAAUCGGCACUCACCUCCAUGGAGACUUCUAUCCCGUUGGUGAACAGGCUGUGUUCAAUUACCGGAGAUCGAUCGAUCUCUUCCUCCUCGUCUUUCUCCGCGGAAAACCAUACAGAGGCCAUGGAAUCAACCAACCAGAUUGUGUGUUCACCGUACUGGCUGAUCUCUCCUACACAGUCUUACAGUAAUCGUUACAGCAAAAUGGAAGAAGAGCCAGUUAGCAUAGCCUCGCAAUCACGUCAGCAGGGUGAAAGCUUCUGCCUGAAUUUUCCUCAUGCAAAUCCCACCCAGGAGUAUUGCUCGUCGGAAGUGGCAGUGCUCACAUGUAAUCAUCCGUCAUGCAAUUGUUUGGGGCUCCCCUAUUUGAGUGAGGACUCAAACUACACAACGGUUCCAGAGAUGUGUUCCUCUCCAACGUCAGUUCGUUCACCAAAAUGGUCCUCAUCAACUUCUUCACUCUCCAACUCCUCCAGUCGGACGUAUCAGACUCCAACUCACUUAAGCGUAGCCAGUGUUGUUUCAUCGGUACAGUUGGAAGUUGGUCCCGGUAACCCCAUGAAUGUUCAGCCCACGGCAUCACCUUCUUUUCGGCCACUCGAACGAACAUAUGAGACAGUUUCAUCAUAUGAUCACAACACAUACCCCAUGACAUUGGGGGUGGACUUUGUUCCUGAUCCAACGGCUCAGCACUUCCCGGGACCAGUUGGCAUGGAUACAAAGUCACACAUGAAUAUGUCUGGAGCCACAUUGAAUGAAGCCCCCGACACACCAAAAGGACUAGCGCAAAAUGAGGAGGGAAGGGAUACAGAAUUUGUAUGGAAUGCGCAGUUUACACAUUCGACAGCAUGCGCCUCGUCCGAAGGGCAACCAGUGUAUUGGACUGUUGAUUCGUUCUCGGACGACUUAAUACAGAUCAGUGGGUUUGGCUAUCCUGGUGUCCUCGAUUCGAACGAUUACGGGGAACAGUCUUACCGGUCACAUGCGCACAUACAAGACGCGCUCUAUGAUAGCGGUGGGGGGAAACGGACUACACCUUCUGGUUGCCCCAAUCCUUUGGCAUCGGAAGAUGCCCGGUCGAAUAUCUUCCGGUGGUCCGACACGUCGGCAUUUUCUGCUCUGACAAGUUUAGGAGAUACGGAACCCUUUAUGGUUCGUUUUCAAGAGCAGGACAAGCAGAACACAGAUGCCAGAACAUGUUCAAGUGGAUCGAGGCCUCAGUGGGUUGAAACACCACGCGGAGCGCAUUGGUUCACCGACGAUGCGCAGCAAGAAGCUUGUGCAACAGGAACUUACGAAAAGCCUGACAUUCUCGAAGCCACCGAGGCUACGUAUGAGCCCAUCGAUUAUCUAGUGGAAAGACUGGACCCUCAGACAACCGUAACGUUUGUGGAGGCGGGAUCCGCUCGAUUUAUACAUUCUGUGGACACGCAAAGUUGGACCAAUACGGCCAAGACUGAUUUUGGUACGUGUAUUAAUACCCUUGGUUCAAUAGGCCCAUGACUAGUGUGAUUUCCAACUGAAGCUAUGUACAAAUGCGCUGCGCGAACGAAGACUAUAAAUCCAACUCCUACGCUUUAUCUCCUAAUGCACACACACACACACACACACACACACAC